UGGCAUGUACAGGACAUGGAAUCAAGAUUUAGAGUAUCUCAUUGGACAAGCUGGAAACACUCCAUAUCUCCCAGGCGUUAAGAUAAAGUACACAACCAAAACGCCAGCUUACUCCGCACCUGUUAUGGUAUAUAGUACUAUGCGUUCAAUGGGUCCUGAACCACGUCUUAACAUGAAUUACAAUCUCACAUGGAUCUUCCCAGUUGAUGCUGGUUUCCUUUAUCUCCUUAGACUCCACUUUUGUGAGACCCGAAAGGAGUUCAUAAAUGAAAAUCAACAGAUAUUUUUAAUAUUCAUCAACAAUCAAACAGCAGAGUAUGAUGCAGAUGUGAUCCAUAUGAGCGGUGGCAACGGCAUUCCAGUUUACAAAGACUACAUCGUGCUGGUCCCUCCAGGGGGCCAGAGCAAGCAGGACUUGUGGCUCGAACUACACCCUAACAUAGAACUGAAACCUACUUAUGCUGAUGCAAUCUUGAAUGGCUUGGAAAUAUUCAAGCUGAAUAAAACAGACGGAAAUCUUGCAGGAUUCAACCCUGAGCCAACAGUGGCUCCUCCACCAGCAGAACAACAUCCAGAGAGAAGAACGGGCAAAAGAUCAUCAAUAAUUACGGUUAUAGGCAUCGUUGGAGGUUCCAUAGGGGGAUUUGGUACUGUGUAUAAAGGAUACAUUGAAUACGGUACGGUAGCCAUCAAACGACUAGAAUCAUCAUCAAAGCAAGGGACACGUGAGUUCCGGACAGAGAUUGAGAUGUUAUCCAAUCUGCGCCACCUCCAUCUAGUGUCACUGAUUGGAUACUGUGAUGAUCAUGGCGAGAUGAUCCUUGUAUACGAUUACAUAUCAAGAGGCACCCUUAGAGAACAUCUAUACAAAACAAAGAACUCUCCUCUUCCAUGGAAGCAAAGGCUAGAAAUAUGCAUUGGUGCUGCAAAAGGGUUGCGUUAUCUUCAUUCAGGAGCAAAGCACACAAUCAUUCACCGUGAUGUCAAGUCAACAAACAUAUUGUUAGAUGAGAAUUGGGUGGCUAAGGUUUCAGAUUUUGGGCUGUCCAGAUUGGGUCCCACUAGUACAUCCCAAACCCAUGUUAGCACUGUAGUUAUAGGUAGCAUUGGAUAUGUGGAUCCAGAGUACUACCGUAGGCAACACCUAACAGAGAAAUCUGAUGUUUAUUCAUUCGGUGUGGUUUUGUUUGAGGUGCUAUGUGCAAGGCCACCAGUGAUUCCAAGUUUACCGAAAGAUCAAGCAAGCUUAGCUGACUGGGCACGAAAAUGUUACCAAAGAGGAACCCUUGAUCAGAUCGUGGAUCCACAUUUAAAGGGCGAGGUUUCCCCUGUCUCUUUAAAUAAGUUUGCAGAGAUUGCUAACAGUUGCUUACAUGGUCAAGGAAUUGAACGCCCUAAAAUGGGUGAUGUCGUUUGGGGCCUUGAAUUUGCAUUGCAGCUUCAACAAACUGCUGAGAAAAAUGCCAACAGUGUAGAUGGUCCUAAUUUGCAUUGCUCAUAAAUAUUGAUAUUCCAAACU